AUGCGGCUCUCUACAUCGUCGACGGCCUUUAAUGGCCUGGGAUGGAUACUGUUUGCGCUUUCGAUGUUGGGUAUCGUCGGGGCGAAUGGACAAGGCUUUCAUAUUGUUGAGAACCAGCUGGUGUCGCGACAGCUACCAGAUCUGAGUAAUAUCUCAACAUGCGGCUUGAACUGUCUCGUUCAGUCCAUCACCGGCUCGGGCUGUGACCUGACGAAUACGACUUGCUCAUGUGCUAGUUCGCAGCUUGGCCAGCUCGCCGCGAGCUGCUUGAUCGCGAAUUGCACUAUGCAGGACUCAUUAGAUCUGGCAAAGCUUCAAGCCAGGCAAUGUAACCUGCCGCACGAAUCCCAGACCACGAAGAUGCUCGCCAUUCUGGUCACAGUCUACGUUACCGCACUCAUUGCAAUCGGCUUACGACUUAUCGCGAAGAGUUUUGCAAAGAUUUGGAGCACAGAUGAUGCUUUGAUUGUUGCUGCCAUUGUCAUUGCGAUUGCGCCGUUCUCUCUUGUGAUCAUAAUGGCUACGAUGGGAUUCGGGACACAUCUUUACGAUCUGCAGUCCGGACAACUGACGAAAAUAUUGCAAUUGUUAUAUGCCGCCGAGAUCGUUUACGUCUUCGUGCUUCUGUUCGCGAAACUAUCUCUGGUCACGUUCUACCUACGCAUAUUUACGGUACCCAGGUUUCGGAUGGCGGCCUACUCUUUGAUUGCAUUCCUUGUACUGGGCCAGGUCAUCAUCGGAUUUCUGACCAUCUUCUCGUGCCAUCCGAUCGAACUCUUUUGGAACAAAGACAUUCACACCGGCGGCUGUCUCGACAUUAACCAACUGGCGUAUGCCAACUCAGCUCUCGCUAUUCUUCAGGAUCUCAUCAUACUCGCCCUGCCGAUAGCAAUGCUGCCGGGCUUGCAAAUGAACAAGAACAAGAAGAUCUCCGUCGCUGUGAUCUUCCUCCUCGGUUCUGUCGGCUUCAUAUCGACUAUCAUCCGUCUUCAAGUUCUCGCGGUAUUCGGCAACUCGAUCGACCCGACGUGGGACUACGUUCCGGUGGUUUGGUGGACGACUAUUGAGCUUGGUGUCGUCAUCGUCUGCGCGUGCCUGCCUAUGAUCCGCAAUCUUGUGGAGAAGUGGUUUCCCAACUUCAAACUCUUCAAGUGGUCCUCGCCAAAGCCAUCGAAGGACAGCGUGGGAUCUUCUUCGGUCGGAACCGACGACAAAUCAUAUAAGAUGGGGCGAUAUCAAAAGUUUGGCAGGAGCACCAGCCCGCCGCAGUUCAGCGACAACUACGUGCGCGAUCACAUCGGGGGGCCCCCAUCAAAGACCGACGAAAUUUCUCCGGCAAAAUAUCGAGAUAUGUACGCUUACGGCGGAUCUAAGCCUAAGGUUUUGGAGGACCCCAUGUCACCACCUCAACCAUACGAUCUAUCAUGGAGGUCGACGAACCCCUACGGAAUAUCUGGCGAAAAUCCGUACGCCGUUGGAAAGACGAAUUACAGACUCAAUAUUGAAAUGUUGGAAAGAAAAGACAGGAAUUUUGAUGAGGAGCUUCCUGACAUUCCUGAACAUCCUGAACAAACCGAGGUGGAGUACUACGAAGAUACAAAUACCGCCGAAUGCUACGUCCUCCGUGAACCACCAUCAACACCAGCUUUGACAGCGGAAAGAUGCACCAGCAUUGACCCGAGUUUCGCCACUCCCGCCCGUGGUACAACCGCUAUCCCCAAACAGGUCACCUCCGAAGCCGCAUCUGGCUGUUUCCUGAGCUUCGCGUCGCAGCUUCCCGCCUCACAGGACCACGUGAAACAUGCGCCUUCUCUUCACAAGGCUCAGCACGCUCAGCCAGCUGUUGCUGCUGCUGCUGCCCUCUGCGAACAGCAGCAGACGCACACCUGCAGCACCUGCGGCAACUCGAAGCCGCAGGUCCCGAUGCCCGCCGCCCUCCCGCAGUGUCCUCCCCAGGAAUGGAAAACGUGGACGACGGACGAUGGGGUUGAUGCCUCGACCCGCGCGUACUGGAUGCAGCAGGCAAACCUCGCAUUACCGAACCCCUGCCCGUUCGCGGCCUUUGGGGCUGUUGUUGUGAACCACACGGUCGGUGGUCUGGGGGAGCUGGUCUGUACUGGCGCGAACAACAACCAGGGCUCAGGCAACCCGACGCUUCAUGGUGAGAUGGUAGCGAUCAAUAACUGUUCAGCCAUCUUCACGGAUCCUCAGGGACGUUACAACAUGACGCCCGCAGAUGCUCUUCUCGCGUUCGGGGAUCUGACGCUCUACACCAACGCCGAGAGCUGCCCCAUGUGUGCGUCGGCAAUCCGCUGGGCUGGGUUCAAGGAGUACGUGUAUGGUACGAGCAUCGAUGCCCUCGUCGACAUGGGCUGGGGUCAGAUCACUGUCUCUUCAAAAGAGAUCUUCAACCAGUCUUCCAGACUCUCCAGUGAGACCGGCUUCCUUGGCGGUGUCUUGACGAAUGAGACGGACGGGUUCUUCAGCUGGCAGUUCCGUCCAAACGCGACUUGCCCGCAGGGCUGCUCUCGGGCGGCGAGCGGCCGUUGUGCGCCUGCAUGA